UGUGCAUGUGGGCCGGGUGAUGUGUAAGGCCCGAGUACCCUGUGUGUGCACGUGGGCCGGGUGAUGUGUAAGGCCCGAGUACCCUGUGUGUGCAUGUGGGCCGGGUGAUGUGUAAGGCCCGAGUCAGCUGUAGACUUCAUCACUCUGCUGCCACAACCACAGGUCGACCCCAGGGGAACAGAGAGAGCGGGCGGGGGAGACCACCCCCAUUGCUGCCUUGGAGGGCGACCGCUUAGGAAAACGCCUAAGGAGGAAGAGAAAGAUGUACAUGGACUCGGGCGACGAGGAGGAGGAAAACCUGGAGGAGGAGGAGGAGAAGACUAAGGCAUGCAAAGGCAGGAGGGCGGCCAAGCUCGCCCGGCUGGUGACCGCCCUGCCUUCGAAGAAGAAGGCGUGGAGCUGGUCAGCAUACUUGGAGGAGGAGAGGGCAAUUGCUGCCCCUGCCAAACUCUUCAAGGAGCACCAGUCAUUUCCUCAGAGUCGCAACGGCUUCAAGGUGGGCAUGAAACUGGAGGGCUUGGACCCCAGCCACCCGUCACUCUUCUGUGUGCUGACCGUUGCCGAGGUCCAGGGCUACAGGAUACGACUCCACUUCGAUGGCUACCCAGAGUGCUAUGACUUCUGGGUAAAUGCGGACUCCUGGGACGUGAAACCGGCAGGCUGGUGCGAGAAGACCGGGCACAGGCUGCUUCCCCCGAAAGGGUGCAGGGAAGGAGAGUUUAACUGGAGCACAUAUGUGAAGAACUGCAGAGGCCAGAUCGCUCCCAAGAACCUUUUCAGGAGUCUGAAUACGUCUGUGACUCCGUCCGGAUUCCGUCCGGGAAUGAAGCUGGAAGCUGUGGACAGGAAGAACCCGUCUCUCAUCUGCGUGGCCACCAUCGGCGCCGUCGUCGACAACCGGCUGCUCAUCCACUUCGACAACUGGGACGAGUCCUAUGACUACUGGUGUGAUGCCAGCAGCCCAUACAUCCACCCUGUGGGAUACUGCGAGGAGGCGGAGUUAACGCUCACCACACCAGCUGAAUACAAGCAUCCGAAGAGCUUCUCCUGGGAGAAGUACCUGGAAGAGACGGGGUCUCAGGCAGCUCCAGCUCGGGCUUUCAAACAGAGGCCGCUACAUGGGUUCCAGAUGGGCAUGAAGCUGGAGGCCGUGGACAAGCGGAACCCCAUGCUGAUCCGCGUAGCCACCGUGGCAGAUACCGAAGACCACCGGCUGAAGGUGCACUUUGACGGCUGGAGCAAGGAGUACGAUUACUGGGUGGAUGUGGACAGUCCGGAGCUACACCCCAUAGGCUGGUGCCAGAAGACGGGCCAUCCUCUGCAGAACCCCCAUAGUUCCACAGAUACCUCUGUGCUUCUGGGUCAAGGCUGCCCCACUCCGGGGUGUAACGGCGUGGGACACAUCCGGGGGCCCCGUUACGGGACUCACUACACUGCUGUCAGCUGCCCGUACUCUGAGAUGAAUCUGAACAAGGAGGGCCUGAUUCCUGACCGCCUGAGCGGGGAGCGGCCCACAGCCGUCGCCGGGCCCCACCGCGGCAAGCGGUCUGAGCCGGCCACACCCACCUCCACCACCCCGGAGCUGCCGGACAUGCCGGAAGACUCACCCCAGUCCAGCUCGGGCAGGAAGUUAUGGAGUGGCGAGGGUGAGCGAUCAGGCCGGAGCAGCACCCAGAGCCUGUCAGAGCCGUCGCACUGCGGCGAUGAGCAGCCAGGGGGCACCAGGGAGCAGAGUAACAACGGCACCCGGCCCAAAAAGUCCGGACCGAUUCCCCGGUGCCUGAGGCUGCAUCUUGUCAAGCAGGAAGCCGGAGAGAGCCGAGCAGAGGGCCCCGGCGGCCUCCGGCACCCUGCUCGUGAGUGCAUCUUCGCCUCCUCCUGCUCCUCCAGCCCCACCCACCGCAUCCACAUGUGCUGGGAGAAGCACUGCAAGCUCCUGCCGGAGGUGCUGGGCCUCACUGCCAAGCGGGUGUCCAAGUGGAGCGUGGAGGAGGUUGCCAGUUUUGUCUGUGGAUUGCCGGGCUGUAAAGACCAUGCCCCGACUUUCAGGAAUGAGCAGAUAGACGGAGAGGCUUUCCUGCUUCUCACACAAGCCGACAUCGUGAAGAUCCUGAGCAUCAAGCUGGGUCCGGCCCUCAAGAUCUACAACUCCAUCCUCAUGUUUAAGAGUGCCGACGAGGAGUGAAGGGCCGGCCGGCCCGCCCUGCCACAUGUCUCCCUUAGUCUUCCUGUCAUCAGUGGUACGAGGUGAAGGGUGAAGGUGUACUGCCGUACUACGGUUCUUGAAGGUGGGAAGGUCCUUAAAGCUCCUUUGGUGUUUGAGGCCCAGAAGUGUAACAACGGCGUGAAGCUGUUUGAUGUUCACGAUCAGAAUAUCUCCCAGUGUGCAUAGUUAAUGGCUUAUGGCUUAUUGUACCAGCUUUUAGUAGAAGAAAUGUUAUUGUCAGGAGGAACCUGUUCAGGGAUAUCAGAACGAACUGAGCUUCUGAAGUCCUACCUUUUACUUGAACGUGUAGUUUUUAAAUGAGAUUUUUCUUUGGCAGUCAGGAAGUUCCAGUAGACAGAUUUAUGUAGGGGAGGGUGAACUGCGUUGAAGCUUGUAUCAAAUCUUCACCUCUGAGAAGUACUCCAGGCCUGUGGAUGGCCAAUUGCAGUUCCAUAUUCUGCCACAAGGGGGCAAACAAGUAGUUUACUGUUGAGAUUUUUCCCAAGUUUACACUUAAAAUGGGAUGAAGGAGAAAUGUAGUAAUUUCUCUGUUUUCAUUCUAGACAUAGGGCUUGUAAGGGCUACAUGCAUGAAUUUAUUUGCUUCACAACGUUGGCUUUGCGGAAAGUCAGCUGGUAUGGACUGGAAAACAUUCACAUGCCAUUUGGUGUACGAAUGAAAAAAGUUCACUUUUGAAUGUAAAAUAUGCAAAAAAAGUAUAUGUUUUCUUACACAUCUGGCAUGGUUUACCUCAAUGUCUAGUGUAAAUACUGUUGACAGAACGUCUGUUGUACUAAAGACUUCUACAAAGGGAAAUAUGUUUAACAACUUGUGUUUUUAGUUGUCAUAAACAUUUCCCAGUAUUUUACAAGAAAAGCUUCAGCAUUUUAAGGGAGAUCUUAAAGUAUCUUAAACUGUCUGGACUUAAAAACCUGAGGGUUCAUUUAAACAAUUAAUUUAUUUUGUAAAUUCCAGCGGCUUGUAUAGGUUUUGUGAGUAAUUUUUACUGGAAUCCUUGUCAGUGUUACGUAGCGGUGAACCUCUGACCUCAGCGGAAUGACCCUGAAUGUGUACAUGAACAACGGUUUAUGUUCAAACCGAGUAUUUAUGCAUUUAUUUAAAGUCUUGAUAAUCGACGACGAUUUCUGGAAACGUCACUGACUGGGCAGGUUGUUGCGUGCGAAACUGAAUGGGAAUAAAUGAAUACAGUUGUCCCUCUUA